GCACCUUCCCCGUAGACCUUGAGCUGAAGCAAGAAGCCACUUGGCUGGUUGAAGGUGGUUUGGGACAGCACACAAGACUUCAAUCAUGGUUGAACAUUCGGCCUCCACGCCCUACGUCUCUGUGAUGGACCAGUAUGGUUACCAGGUCGGCAAAGUGAUUGGCCACGGUUCCUACGGGACUGUCUACGAGGCCUAUUUCGCCAAGCAGAAGACGAUGGUGGCCAUCAAAAUCAUCUCCAAGAAGAAGGCCUCCGAGGAUUACCUCACCAAAUUCCUGCCGAGGGAGAUACAGGUGAUGAAAACCCUGCGCCACAAAUACGUGAUCAGUUUCUACCAGGCUAUCGAGACCACCUCUCGCCACUACAUCAUCAUGGAGCUAGCGCCCUGCGGCGACGUCCUCGAGUGGAUCCAGAAAUCGGGAGCUUGCUCCGAGGCCCUGGCCGGAAAGUGGUUUUCUCAGCUGUCUCUGGGAAUCGCCUAUCUGCACGGUAAAGGCAUCGUGCACCGGGACCUGAAACUCGAGAACCUUCUCCUCGACAAGCGCGAAAACAUCAAGAUCUCAGACUUUGGCUUCUCCAAGAUGGUGGCCACCCAGACACAGCCUCCCCCGACGCCGUCGUACCGAAUGAUGAGCUGCUUCUCGCACCUGAGCCAGACGUACUGCGGCAGCUUUGCCUACGCUUGCCCGGAGAUCUUGCUGGGCCUGCCCUACAACCCGUUCCUCUCCGACAUCUGGAGCAUGGGGGUCAUCCUCUACACCUUGGUGGUGGCCCACCUGCCCUUUGAUGACACCAACCUCAAGAAACUGCUCCGGGAGACACAGAAGGAGGUGAACUUCCCCAGCCACCUCCAGAUCAACGAGGAAAUCAAGGAUUUGGUCCACCGCAUCCUCCGCCCGGCUUCCAAGCGGCUGAACAUCCUGGAGGUGCUCAAGGUCCCUUGGGUGCUCAAGUUCCUGGCUGAGAAGCCAACCACCGAGAUCAAGGCCCUGGAAGCCAUCUGCGGACCCCGGGCAGCCGACACCAGCAAGAACGCCACCACGCCCAGCACCAAGUCCCGCUCCCUCACCUUCACGGCGGACAAAAAGAAGCCCGCCAGCCGGACCCGUAGCACCGGGCAGAUCAAGGGGAGUAAGAACCAGGAGAAGCCCGCCUGA